AUGGAGGAAAACACAUAUAUUGAAGGCUGGGAAAAAUUGAAAGAAAAUGAUAUUGAUCUCAAACUAAUGAGAAUGGGAUUUGAGACAAUUACUGAAAAAUCUAAAAUCAGUCCCGAAGUAACUCCUGACGAAUUAAUGACAAACGUCUUUGAUAUUGUCUCACAACUAAACAUGAUAUCAAACAAAUUUUAUUCGGGAUAUGAUAAAGGCAAUAAAGAAAAUGAAUUUAAUAAGGAGUCUGACUCAGAAAAAGUUUCCUGUGCAAAUCAAUGGAACAAAAUUAUCAUCCCAACAGAUGAAGAUGACGUUCAUACAUUCUUUAUUGGUGGCAGUCCUUAUUUUGUAGAAGAAAAUAAGGUCCUACUUCAAUCUCAAAAAACAAAUGGGAACGAAACAGUUUUAAUGACAGAAGAAGAGAUGAGAUCAUUUUAUGACAUUUUUGACUAUUUGUCUUCUUCUCAAUUACAAACCACAAAAGAAAUGAUGAAUGAGUUUAAAAAAUCUUCAAAUGAUAACUAA